AUGGCAACGUCAAUCGCCUCACAACUGCAGGCAAUCAGGUCAAUUGUCAAAGCCGACACAGACCCUCUAGGGCUUGAAAUAUGGAGAAUUGAAAACUUUCAACCAGUUCCUUUGCCAAAAUCAGAUUAUGGUAGAUUCUACAUGGGUGAUUCAUACGUUGUCUUGCGGGAUGAAGCUGGAACAGCUGCAAUAAAAACAGUUGAGCUUGAUUCGAUUCUUGGAGGGCGUGCAGUGCAACAUAGAGAGAUUCAAAGUCAUGAAUCUGAUAAAUUCUUGUCAUAUUUCAAACCAUGUAUUGUGCCACUUGAAGGUGGUGUUGCAACUGGAUUCAAGAAACCUGAAGAAAUGGAAUUUAAAACAAGAUUGUACAUAUGCAAACGGAAAAGAGUUGUUCAUGUGAAGCAGAUUCAAUUCUUUCGAUCUUUGUUGAAUCAUGAUGAUGUGUUUAUCUUGGAUACUAAAGAGAAGAUCUUUCAAUUCAAUGUAGCAAACUCAAACAUUCAAGAAAGAGCUAAAGCUCUAGAGCUUAUUCAGUAUUUGAAGGACACUCCUUGGAUUCAGAAGAUGUGGAGCAUAGUUCGAUAA